GGAAAAAAUUAAUAAGUGUGAGUUCAGAAUCGGCCACGUCUUCCAGUCAGCUUGUCAUCAAUCUUUCGAGGCCAUCCUUUGUUUUGUCUUUGUAAAGCAUCAUCUUUUUACUCCUUAUUCAUAAUGUACUCGGCAUCUUAUUAAACAAGAACAACUAAGAUGAAUCCUGACUCAUCUGUACUUUGUGGAUGGAGGUCAAUAUCCUGCUGAGGACACAGCAGCCUAUAUCUGUAGAAAUACAGGAUGACAGACCUGUGUCAAAUUCACCAGAGACUGCAGAAGAAGGGACCUCAUCAGAAGUACAGAAUACCAACCAAUCAAACCAUGUCUCUUCAGGUCCCUCAAAUUACCUUGUCACAGAUACCAGUUGGCUCAACAUCCUUGCAUUUUCCCUGAAGCACAAUGUAACAGGUGCUUUAAUGGAGGACAUGCUGAAGCUGUUAAGGCUAUGUUGUGGGGAUGCCACAAGCAUCCCACGUAGCAAGUACAUGCUAGAGAAGGCGUUUGAAGCUUUUGUAGACAAAUCAGAAUACCAUCAUUAUUGUGGUGUUUGCAACUCUUACAUUGGCCUUUCAGUGUCAAACGACAGUGAAUUGAAAUGUCAGAUUUGCUCAUCAACCCAAACUGUGAGACAAAGUUUAGAGUUGGGUCAAUUUUUUAUUUGUAUGCCUUUGAGAGAUCAACUUACAGUUCUUUUGGAAAACGAACCUAUUACAAAUAUUUGCAAUGACCAAAGCAGAGGUGGAAUAACAGAUGUUUAUGAUGGGAAGUUAUAUAAAUAUCUGAAAUCAGUUGACGAUUCUUUCUUAUCACUGUCAUUUAAUUGUGACGGAGUGCCUGUUUUCAAGUCUUCUAAAUUCAGCAUCUGGCCCUUACUAUGCUUCUUUGAAUGAAGUACCCCCAGAGGAAAGAGAUAAAAAUGUCUUGCUAUGUGCCCUGUGGUUUGGGUCAUCUAAACCAUUAAUGACUACCUUCCUCAAACCUUUUGUGGAAGAAUGUAAAAGUCUUAGACAAACAGGUCUUCAGUGGCAGGAUCCCGUAGAUCACUCAAUCAAAACGGUGAAGGUCUAUGCAUUAUGUGCCAUAUGUGAUGCUGUUGCACGACCUUUACUGCAAAAUUUUAAACAGUUUAAUGGAGAGUAUGGGUGUGGGCACUGUCUUCAUCCAGGUGUUCAAGUGAGAAAAGGCAAAGGGACUGUGCGAGUGUAUCCUUGUUUGAAGGAGAUGCCAGACCUCAGAGAUCACGACACAACUGUGCAAAUAGGUGAAAUUGCCAAAAAUAACGAAAAUACUAUUUUGGGCAUAAAAGGGCCAUCUCCAAUUGUUGACUUGCCCAAUUUUGACUUGAUUAAUGGCAUGGUCCCUGAUUAUAUGCAUUGUGUGUUGCUAGGGGUUUGCCGGCAAAUAGCCAGUUUAUGGUUUGAUUCCAAAAGCUACAGUAAACCAUGGUAUAUUGGUUUGAAUACUGCAAGAGUGGAUGGAAAUCUUUUAGCAAUCAAGCCUCCAAGCAGUUUUUCCAGAAUCCCACGGUCUAUUGUUGAGCGAAAGUUUUGGAAAGCUCACGAAUGGCAAAAUUGUCUUUAUAUUACAGUUUGCCGGUCCUGAAAGGGAUACUUCCAAACAAGUAUCUUUGCCACUGGGCUUUACUUGUGGAGGGUGUGAGCAUUUUGCUAGGUUCAGACAUUGGCCAAGAGGAUAUUGACCAUGCUCAUCAGGCACUAGAGCUUUAUGUUAAAUCAGUUCAGUCUUUGUAUGGUGAAGAUCAGAUGACCUACAAUGUGCAUUCAAUCCUGCAUUUGACUAAGAGUGUUGAGAAUUUAGGUCCUCUCUGGGCCCAGUCUGCUUUCAUGUUUGAGAGCUAUAAUGGCUACUUGCUCAAGCAAGUUAAAAGCAGUAAUGCAGUGCCUCAGCAGAUUUGCAAAAGAGUAGCUUGGUCUCGAGCAUUGCCACGCAUAGCUAAGGUCUGCUCAUCUAAUGAUGUCUCACCUGAAAUGAAAUCAUUCUACACAGAAAUGACCUCCAGUAAACAUCAUGUAAGGAACUAUGCUAAAUAUGACAGGGUGACUGCACUUGGAGUGCCAAAGAUUAGGCCGGUGUCUGAAAAUGAUGUGAAUGCAUUGCAUGCAUUUUUAGAUUUACCCGGGACCUCUGUUGGCAGGUACUAUAAAAAAAUAGUUGUCAAUGGAGAGGUCAUUCAUAGCCAAACAUACACAAAGACAAAGAAAAGGAACAACUCUGUUGUGAUAUUGAAAGAUGGGAGUAUUUUCAAGGUUUCAUACUUUCUCUGCGUCAGUGAUGAUGAACAUCACUUAUACGCAAUUGGUAAAUUUGGAAAUUGUACAGUGCAGAAGCUGGUUCGAGGAUGUACUGUCAAAAUUUCACUGACCUUUAUGAGGACUGUUCAUUUUCCUACAGGAUUUGAAAGAGCAGUUGACAGCAAUGACAUUGUGAGACCGUGUAUUUACAUUAAUUGUGAACAGUGUGGGCCUGUUGUUUGUGAACAAAUCAGAACAUAUUAUUGUAAAUGAACAAAUUUGAGUCAAAUAUGUUUCUACAACAGGAAUCUUAUAUGUUAAAACCGAGGUGUUGAAAGUUGGCUUGAAUAUAUUCAAAAAAAAUUAUGUUUUACUUUGCUGGUGGUGAUAAGCACAAAAAUCACUUGACAUUUUGGAAGGUUUUAUGUCUGUAGGUUAAGUAUAGAACUGUCUAUAUACUAAACUUCUGAGAUAAUGUUUAGAGAAAUUAUCAAAAAUAAAAAUGAAAUCUGGUGAUGUAGUAUUUGGAAGGAAAAUCUUGAUAUAUAAAAUAUCCAGCUGUAUCUUAAAUACAGCUCAAAUAAAUAAUUGUGUAAUUAAAUGUGUGUUUUUGUGUGUGGUUUACAUAAAUAAUGUGUUUUAUCCAAGGUUGAAAAUCUAUGAUUGUACAUUAUAUGACUCUGAUUGACAAUAGGCUUAGGACUCCACUUAAUAAGAGCAAAGGCAUGAGGGAAAUACAGCAUUAUACUAAUAGAGGAUAUGCAUUGAUGUCACUUUCCCACGUGAACAUGUCGGGACACGCCCUGGCACACUCUCCCCUGGGUGGCAAAACACCCAGCAAAAUGGCUGAGGAGAAUAGGAGAAACAAAAAAACCAGUGGCCUAUACCACGAAGCUGGUUUGGGUUUUUAGUUCACGUGUAGUUUGAGCAUACUCCGAGUUUUCAGGCUCAAGAAGGUGGAUUGGUUUUGAGCAUGGUGACUUAGGCUACACGGCUAACCUGCUCCGGAGCAGGUUUUAUUCUAGGUUAGAGAUCGCAAAAAAAACUGGACCAGUCAGCUGUGAGAAAGUGGCGUAUAUCUGACGCAGUGAGCCACCCCCCUCGUAUCUCUCGCUCCAAAUAAAAAAAAGUUUAAAGUGAUAAGAUUUUAGAGGGAAAAUCUUUUGCCGCUAAGUGUUUAUUUGUAUUGUAUAUUUAAAUGUAUUGAUUAUAAUUUAAAACACGUUCAUAUAACUCUUAUGUGAGUUGAUAAUUAAUAUUUAUUCAUUAAUAUUAAACAUAGCAUUUAAAUUAAUAUAACUAUAUUCGUAUAAAAACAAACUUUAAUACAUAAAGCAUUUUAAAGUAAUGAAGCAUAGGCCUACAUAUUAUCUUUAGAUCUUUUUGUAAACCUAUAUAAAUAAUUUAAAUGUUGCACGGAAUUGCGUUUCCUGAUAUUGUAAGCAGUUGAUUGGCUGUGUGUUUUGCCACCCACAGGGGCGCGCUCCCGCGUGCGCUCAUGUGGUGUUCACGUGGUAAAGUGACGACACGUCCAUACCCUCUCUAGGUAAACUGCACUACAGUAUACAGGUGCAUCUCAAUAAAUUAGAAUGUCGUGGAAAAGUUCAUUUAUUUCAGUAAUUCAACUCAAAUUGUGAAAGUCGUGUAUUA